UAAGCCCCGCCCCCUGAGACCCCUCCUUGCCUGGUUUUCAUCAGUGUAGCAGCAGGUUAGCUGAUUAAUCUCAGACCUACGAAGCGAAAGCGAGUUUCUACCUCAGUUCAGAGAAGAUGCUCUGUCUUUUAACAUUUUAAGCAACUUCUCCCUCUCAGCGCAUUUAAGGCUGAGGAAACUGGUAUGGUUUCGGAGAAUGGAAACGGACGACGUGUCGGUUAGAGAGCAACUUUUCCACAACCGCGUCCGGGAGACUAUAAUAUGUGUACUCCUGUUUACAUGCCUUUACAUGGUGUGCUACCUCAUUCUUACUCACUUCAAGAAGACUGCAGAUUUUGUCACAGAUGAUAUUGAAGAUGCCACCGUCAAUAAAAUUGUGCUGUGGUUGUGUACGUUCACCCUGUCCGUUUCAGUGUGUGCUGUACUACUUCUUCCCAUCUCCAUUCUGUCCAAUGAGGUGCUGCUCACCUUCCCACAGAACUACUACAUGCAGUGGCUCAAUGGAUCUCUUAUACAUGGGUUGUGGAACCUAGUCUUUCUUUUCUCCAAUUUGUCCCUGGUCUUCCUCAUGCCCUUUGCCUAUUUCUUCACUGAAUCUGAGGGAUUUGCAGGGUCCAAAAAGGGAGUAAUGGCACGAGUGUAUGAGGCAGUUGUGCUGCUGUUGCUGUUAGCUCUGCUUGUGCUGGGUAUUGUGUGGGUGGCAUCAGCCCUCCUCCAUGACAACAUAGCUCGAAAGAGCCUCUACGACCUAUGGGAGUAUUACCUUCCCUACCUGUACUCGGGCAUCUCUUUGUUUGGAGUGAUGUUGCUAUUGUUAUGCACCCCCUUUGGGUUGUCUCGAAUGUUCAGUGUCACUGGCAGCUUGCUAGUCAAACCACGGCUGCUGGAGGAUGUAGAAGAUACAUUGAGCUGCACCAUGUUUGAGGAAGACUCACUUUCCAGGAAACUCAGCUGUGGAAGUUCACCAUGUUGGGCCAAGCUGGACAGGGAAGCAAUGAGAAAGGAAUACCAAACAGUUCAGAGCAAGCGUGUUGCCCUGGAGAUGCGUAGGAAAGCAUCCCCAUGGCAACGAAACCUGGGCUACCCACUGGCAAUGCUUAUGCUCCUGGCACUGACGGUAAUAUGUGUACUAAUGGUCUGUUUCAAUGUAUUGGAGUUGCUGCUGGAUGAGACGGCUAUGCCCAGAGGAAUGGAGGACCCACACCUGGGGAUGGCCUCCUUCUCUAUGUUUGGCUCACUGGGUGCUGCAGUUCAAGUAGUCCUUAUACUCUAUCUAAUGGUGUCCUCAGUGGUUGGUUUCUACAGUUCUCCUCUCUUCUGUUUCCUUCUGCCCCGCGCAAAAGACACCAACCUCACACAGAUCAUUGCAAACUGUGUUUCACUGCUCAUCCUGAGCUCUGCAUUGCCAGUAUUUUCACGUACACUUGGGAUCACCAGCUUUGAUUUACUGGGAGACUUUGGCCGGUAUAACUGGCUUGGGAACUUUUAUAUUGUCUUCCUUUACAAUAUGCUGUUUGCUGGUCUCACCUCUGCCUCCCUGAUAAAGACUGUCACCUGGGCAGUACAGAGAGAGCUCAUUCGAGCCUUUGGACUCCACAGGCUGCCCAUAACUGUGUCACGCUCCACCGUCCCAUUUAGACUUCUCCUGGCCAGUGGACUUUCAAAAAUCCAGUGACCUUUUUCCUCCUCAUUACUGCCUUUCCUAACCUUUACAAACUGAGCCACUUCAAACAUGCACCUGUUGGAUUAAAGGCAUUGGUAAUUGGCAAAGGCUGUGGCUGGUUGGUGCAUGGGUUUGUCUUCUUGAGCCAAGAGACAGGUGAAAAUGGCAAGUUUGUCCGUUGGAGCACAGCUUGAUGCUGUUUUAAUUGACAAAUAUAGGGUCCACUGGUACAAGAAGUCAGCUGAGUGAGCGGGGGAAAGGGAUUUAAGCCAUUUUGGCCAUGCUGCAAUAGUGAGCGACUCAAUGACCGCUCCUGCAAAUCUGAUGCCUUUAUAAACAGAGGAUCCUUGGACAGCAGUCGUUUUGUUGACACAUGUGAAAGUCAGCAGUUAUUUUAAAAUAUUACACAGUUGGUAUGACAUAAUAUCCUCUUCCUCCUUCUUGUCCACUGAGUACUCACUCUUUCUUCGCAGCUCCUCCACAGAAAAUAUAAGAAUUUUCUGAUGUAAUUGAAUCUCAAACAAGGUUUUAGACGACCACAAGUCUACUGAGAGUGAGGAUAAGUCAAUAAUUUCAGAAAACCGAUGGCUUUAAAUUUUCGUAUGUGAUAUUUUUGAAUACCAUGUGACAAUCAUUAUGAGAAACCUCUGCCUUAGACAAUCAAACUGUGAGUCAUUAAAACCUUUUUUUAGGGCAAGUGCAAUAUCCUAUAUGUAAAAGCACACUUUAACUUUACCAAAAGUAAUUUUUGAUGUUCCUCAACUUUUAAUUGUUUGUUAGGUUCUUCUCAUCUUACACUUAUGUGUUUGAUAUUAGGGUGCGGUUGGAUUACGUUCUAAAUAUUUUAUCGAGCAACAAAUAUGGCUGCUGCAGUUUUUAUUUGUUUUUUAAAACAAGUAUUUCUUCAGUAAUGUAAAGUCGAUACAAAUCAGCAUUAUCUCAUCUUCCACUUUUGUUUGGUGAUUUUGUGUCACCGUUUACUAUUGCUGCUGUAUCAGCAGGUUAUUUUCUGUAGGUGCGACCAGCAGGGGACAGUGUCUUUUAAACCCUACACCAAACUGUGUUGUGUAACAUGCUCUGGUUAGAUAUAGUAUAUUAUACAUAGAACAGUGGGUUUACCUAUUUCUUUCUCUUUUUGUCUUUUUUUUCUUUUUUGUUCUUUUGGAUUUUUGGAACAAAGUUUAUAAUGUGGAAUUUUUUAUUAUUUAUUGGUAUUUUGGGAUUCAUACUUUACAUUUUGCUUCAGUGUUCUUACAACAGUAAAAGGAUAAUGAUUGCGAUGUGUUUGAGAUAUAGAAUAUUUAAAGUUCUGAAAUGAAAAAAAGAAAAAAAUGUUUACUUUUUUAACUGCUCUGGUGUUUUCCACAUUUUCUUAGCUGAUUUUUAACAUUGU